CACCCUCUUGCCAGUUCCAAACUCUUGAUCAAUUUUUUGAUUUUCCAAAUUUCGACGUUGCGAUCGGCCGAGGUUUCUUCUCCCGACAUUUUUUCGCUGAUUUUGCUCCUAAACUGGACCGAAAAACGUGCGGAUCAGCAGCAAAAUGGCGUGAAAUCAAACGCUGAUGAGCUAUUUGUUCGAGUCACUGGGUUUGACUGUUCCCUUUUAACUGGUUUUAACUGGAAAUUGACUGGUUUUUACCACAUUAUUUUUCCCAGGCAGUAGUUCUGAAUGAAUGAAACGGAACAGGAAUUACCUUUUAAAUUUUAAUAAGAACUAUAUAGGGAACCUGGCGAAAGGGAAGGGAAUGCAAAUGAGGAAGAGAACCUUCAAAAAGACAAUCCAAAAUCAAAAUAUCCGAAACGAAAACUUUCUCAUUUUUUUGUUUUGCAAGUUGGUAAGGGCAUCUGUCAAAUGUCAAAAACUUACAACGUGGUCACUGGUCAUUUAUUUUUGUUUCACUCUAUUACGUGAGAAAUCUGUGUGAGCCCUCUUUUCAAAACUAGUUCGGCUUGCUCACUAAUGCUCACUCCGAUUACCAGUAAGUACGCACUCUGACUGUCCGAAUAUUAUUUUAAGAGUGAGUAGAGUAAAUCCGCUUACGUCCAUGAACUGAGUGCAACAAAUGGAAAACGUCAUUCUGGAACUUGGCGAAAGGUUGUCAACCUGUCAGCUGUCUGCUCGAAAAAUUCAAGGUUAAAAAUUAGGUUAGAAAAUGGUAAAUGCAAAGCCCAGCUGAAGGGCGAAAUGUUUUGUGUUUUAAUUUUUUGCAUUCAAUUAUAAUAAAAAUAAAAAUCAAUUUUAUUUGAAAUAAUUAAACGCCCAAAUUCUAUAGUAAUUAACCGGUGCAGUUUUUAAAUGAGGAGUUAAGUUGUAGUUAGUAAACUAGAAGAAAAAAAAAACAAAACAGAAGGGAGUUCCUUCCCAAAAAUAAUUGAAUUUGUGAUCUAUAAACAGUUACGCCCUAGGUUAAGAAGUUAAAUUUCAUUAGUGAAAUUUUGUAAACAAGUGUGAUAUUGAAAUGCCUCGCAAACGCAGGGCAGCAGCAGAAAUGACUUCAAAUGAUGGGGAUAGAUAUGCUUCUAAACGUUCAAGAAAUUCAAGCAGCCGCAGAAGUUCCAGGCACGAAGACAAUUCCUUUAGCCAGAAAAGAUGUAUGACAUGGUUCAAAGAGUAUACCAGUCCGGAUUGUCCGGACACUUUAGGCCCAGAGGGCAUGGAAAAAUUCUGCGAAGACAUCGGAGUGGAACCGGAAAACGUUGUAAUGUUAGUUUUAGCUUAUAAAAUGCAGGCCAGACGGAUGGGAUUCUUUACGAAAGAGGAAUGGACUAAGGGUUUGAGCGAAAUGCAGUGUGAUUCCAUACAAAAGUUACAGUAUCGUUUAGAUUAUCUUCGUUGCCUGCUCAAUGACCAGAGUACGUUUAAGGCUAUUUAUCGAUAUGCUUAUGAUUUUGCAAGGGAUAAAGAUCAACGAAGUAUGGAUAUGGAAACGGCCAAAGCCAUGCUCCAAUUGUUAUUGGGCAAACAGUGGGAGCUCUUCACACAAUUUAGCCAAUUCCUCGACCAGUCCAAGUACAAAGUGAUCAACAAAGACCAGUGGUGCAACAUACUGGAAUUUUCCAAAACCAUUUGCGACGAUCUUACCAACUACGAUGUGGACGGCGCUUGGCCAGUAAUGUUGGACGAAUUCGUGGAAUGGCUGAAAGGGGCGCGAUCCAAAAGCGACAUCAGUUGAGAUUCGGCGAGGCGAAGUAAUAUAAAUCACUUUGUAUGUAAUUUAAUUUUUGUUGAUGAAUAUAUCUUACUAUAAUUUUAGUAACAUAAUUUGCUGUGACUGCAUUGAUGAUUUUUUGCAUUUUUUUUUUUUUUUGAAAUUAUAGUAAGGUGGAUUUAUUUUUUACUUCCUUUCCCCCUGCCAAUCAUUGAGCUCUAAUAAUAAUUGUAGAACAAUUGAAGAAUUUCCACUAUAAUUUAUUUUUAAUUUACAUUACACAAAAAGAAAAAAUGUAGUCUUAUGUUUUCAUUGAUUAGGUAAUAAUUUAUUUUCAUUCUAGCAUAAAUAAUUUUCACUCAACAUAAAAAAAAAAAAUAAUUAGAAAUCAAGUACACACUACUUACUUGUUUUAAACAGUUGUAAAUUUUAUUUUGUUAGUAAAUAUAUUAAAAGUAAUUCCAAAAGUAAGAAUAUGUUUUAUUUGCAAUAUCUGUCCGCUUUCAUUUUGCUCCUGCGAUCCAGCAAAGUUUCGUGAAAGGUUCCUUCAUCUUUUGCUUUUUUUAAUUGCUCCUUGCCAUCGUCACAUAGCCUGAGACG